AUGCAGAGCAAUCUAACUCUCCUAAAGAGUACUCUCUCCAGAGUCAAGGAUGCCGCUCUAAAGUUCAAGAAUCCGGGGUUUAGCUCCUACUUUUUCCAAAAGGCUGAAGACAACCUCAAGAUUCUAGAGGCAAAGGGGGACUCGGUAUGCCCUCAGGAGGUCCAGAAACUCCUCCAGGAGUACCAGGAACUCGAACAGAUCCUCAAUCGACAGACUACCGUCCAGAACUUGUACUAUAACGAUCAGCCAAUGGUUGAUAAGUAG